CAAGUGAUUAAAAGUUGUUUAGAGACAGUUAUACUUAAUACUUUGCGUUGACUCCUGGAAGAGCAGUUCAUUUCGUCAGCGGGCUGUGCGAGCAGCGGCUUCUUAACUUCUGGAACGUGUACUGGUAGUUUGUAGUUUGGCUGCAAAAUGUUAAUUGAUUUUCUGACAAGACCGGGUCAGGGUGGUGUCAACCAGCUCGGUGGCGUCUUUGCAAAUGGUCGUCCAUUGCCAAUCCACAUACGUCAUCGUAUCUUAGAACUCGCUCAUCUUGGACUCCGUCCGUGUGAUAUUUCUCGCCAACUACUAGUCUCCCAUGGUUGUGUCAGUAAGAUAUUGAGUCGGUUUGCCGAAACGGGCUCCAUUCUUCCAGGAGCAAUUGGUGGUAGCAAGCCUAGAGUUUCAACGCCUGCCGUAGUUGAUAAGAUCGUCGAGCUCAAGCAGGAGAAUUCGUCCAUGUUUGCCUGGGAGAUCCGAGAUCGUCUGGUCGUUGAGGGUAUAUGUAGUAAGGACAGUCUUCCAAGUGUUAGUUCCAUUAACAGAAUCCUAAGAAACAGCAUGUCAAAUGACGAGAAAAAUGAAAAUGUAGAAAAGGACUGCAAAUCGGUCGAGAUAAAAAAGGAAAGCAAAGAGACAGAAGAUGAUGUUAAACAUGAGGAACAUCAUCCGAGUUCUAUAGAAUCAACGACAACUACCGAGGAGAAGAAACCGAACAGCAAAGUAACAAAAUCGUUCACAGUUGAAGAUAUCUUGGGCAACACUGUGGGAGCAAAACGAAAGAGAGAGAUUGUGAAAGAGGAUAUCAAGCAAGAAAAAAAUGAAGAGUUCUACACUAUACAUCGGGCAAAAAAGCAGCGAGUGAUAGGUGAUCAGAUAUUCAGUGAAGAAAACAAAUUUCAGUUGAAGAUUUCCGAAAUUAUGAAGUCAAUCGACGAACAGAACCUUCCAUCAAUGUCUAGUCUAUGCACACCAUCUUUUGGCGCUCAUUAUCAAAACCUACCACCUUGUUUAAAUUCCCACGUCAACGGUGUACAGACGCCUCAAGUUAACUUCGACGAACGAAUUUUCAACCCAGCUUCACAAUUACCCUUGGCACAACAUCUUAAUCAUCAGCCCUUUAAUCGUCAUCAAGCGACCUUACUGCACCAAUUUCAUCAACAUCCUAGAGUGAUGCAUCAUCAUGCCAUUCAACGACAACGCCUGGGACUGUUUACCUCUCAUCAGACUAUCAGUAACAAACUACCACCUAUGUCACUCAUGGCCUCACUCCCGCCACUUUCGUCACCAUACAAUACAAUACUACCUGGUGGAUUGUGUAGACGAUAAAUUCAAAUUAAAGGUCUCCCGCCAUUUAAAUCCUACUUUUGGGACUUGUGUUUUUAUGGUCUUUAACAGCUUUGGUCUUUGAUUAGAAAAAAAUAUUCUUAUAUACAUAAAAGAUAGACAGUCACUGUUGGGGCCGCAGAAAGGUCGUCUUGAAUUGGAAGUGAUCUUUAUUUGGAGGGGUCUUUAAUCUAAAUCUUGUACUUAUAUAAAGAGGGCGGACGCAACACGAAGAAAACACUUUUUAAAAUAAAUGUUAUUUACUCAAUAUGAUACUUAUUUAGAUUAACUGAUUAAAAAAAAUAUUCUUAUGUUAAAUUGACAAUAUAAAUAGGCCUACUGUAUAAUUGUAUUGCCAAUUUUGUUACUCUACUUUUUGACUUUUAGCAUAUUUAUAAACGCAUAUCAGAGCUGUAAUAUAUAUAUAUUUAUUAUGUAUACACUUUAAACUUACGAAGUGAAAUGAAAGUAUUUUUAAAUAAAAAAUAUAGUAUAAAUAAUAUAGCCUAUUAUUUUCAAAUUGGUGAUACGAUGCUGUUAAUACAUAUGUAACUUAUCUGUAAAUACUUAUUUUCGACAUUAAAUUAUAAACUUAACUUUGAGU